CACCGCGCCCUGCUCCGCGCAAUCGAUCGCCAGCGCCAUGGACCGAGGCCGCGUGCUGGAGCAGCUGCUCCCCGAGCUCACAGGGCUGCUCAGCCUCCUGGACCAUGAGUACCUCAGCGACACCACCCUGGAGAAGAAGAUGGCUGUGGCCUCCAUCCUGCAGAGCCUGCAGCCCCUCCCAGCCAAAGAAGUCUCCUACCUGUAUGUGAACACAGCGGACCUCCAUUCGGGGCCCAGCUUUGUGGAGUCCCUCUUUGAAGAAUUUGACUGUGACCUGAGCGACCUUCGAGACAUGACAGAGGAUGACGGGGAGUCCUGCAAAGAAGCCACCCCUGAGCCAGCCAAGAGCCCAUCUCUGAGACACGCAGCCGACUUGCCUCCACCGCUCCCCAAAAGGCCUCCACCUGAGGACUACUAUGAGGAGGCCCUUCCCCUGGGGCCUGGCAAGUCCCCCGAGUAUAUCAGCUCCCACAACGACUGCAGCCCAGCCCACUCAAUUGUGGACAGCUACUACGAGGAUGCAGACAGCAGCUACCCCGCAACCAGGAUGAAUGGGGAGCUGAAGAACUCUUACAAUGACUCUGACGCCAUGAGCAGCUCCUACGAGUCCUAUGAUGAGGAGGAGGAGGAAGGGAAAGGGCCGCAGCCCACACACCAGUGGCCUUCAGAGGAGGCCUCCAUGCACCUGGUGAGGGACUGCAGGAUAUGUGCUUUCCUGCUGCGGAAAAAGCGCUUCGGGCAGUGGGCCAAGCAGCUGACCGUCAUCAAGGAGGACCAGCUCCUGUGUUACAAAAGCUCCAAGGACCGGCAGCCACAUCUGAGGCUAGCGCUGGAUGUCUGCAACGUCAUCUACGUGCCCAAGGACAGCCGGCACAAGAGGCACGAGCUGCGCUUCUCCCAGGGGGCUACCGAAGUCCUGGUGCUGGCACUGCAGAGCCGGGAGCAGGCCGAGGAGUGGCUGAAGGUCAUCCGAGAGGUCAGCAAGUCCGUUGGGGGUGCUGAGGGGGCAGAUGUGCCCAGAUCCCCAGUCCUCCUGUGCAAGGUGGACCUGGACAAGAGGCUGUCCCAAGAGAAGCAGACCUCGGAUUCCGACAGCAUGGGCCUGGGCGACAACUGUUCCACCCUUGGCCGCGAACACGGCAAAGGGAAGAAGAGCAGCCUGUCAGAGCUGAAGGGUUCAAUGAGCAGGGUUGCGGGCCGCAAGAUCACCCGUAUCAUCAGCUUCUCUAAGAAGAAGGCACUGGCCGAUGACCUGCAGACAUCCUCUACCGAGGAGGAGGUUCCAUGCUGUGGUUAUCUGAAUGUGCUGGUGAACCAUGGCUGGAAGGAACGCUGGUGCCGCCUGAAGUGCAACACCUUGUAUUUCCAUAAGGACCGCACGGACCUGCGGACCCACGUGAAUGCUAUCACCCUCCACGGUUGUGAGGUGGCCCCAAGCUUUGGGCCCAGACACCCAUUUGCCUUCAGGAUCCUGCGCAACCGGCAGGAGGUCGCCAUCUUGGAGGCAAGCUGCUCCGAGGACAUGGGCCGCUGGCUCGGGCUGCUGCUGGUGGAGAUGGGCUCCAAAGUCACUCCCGAAGCGCUGCAUUAUGACUACGUGGACGUGGAGACCUUAACCAGUAUCGUCAGUGCAGGGCGCAACUCCUUCCUAUAUGCAAGAUCCUGCCAGGAUCAGUGGCCUGAGCCCCGAGUCUAUGAUGAUGUUCCUUAUGAAAAGAUGCAGGAUGAGGAGCCUGAGCGUCCCUCUGGAGCCCAGAUCAAGCGCCAUGCCUCCACCUGCAGUGAGAAGUCCCAUCGGGCAGACCCACAGGUCAAAGUCAAGCGCCAUGCCUCCAGUGCCCAUCAAUAUAAGUACGGUAAGAACCGAGCUGAGGAGGAUGCCAGGAGGUACCUGGUAGAAAAAGAAAAGCUGGAGAAAGAGAAAGAGACAAUCCGGACAGAGCUGAUGACACUGCGGCAGGAAAAGAGGGAACUAAAGGAAGCCGUUCGGAACAGCCCAGGGGCAAAGUUAAAAGCUCUGGAAGAGGCCUUGGCCACCCUGGAAGCUCAGUGUCGGGCGAAGGAAGAGGGCCGUAUCGACCUGGAGCUGCGGCUGGUGGCUGUGAAGGAGCGCUUGCAGCAGUCCCUGGCAGGGGGCCCAGCCCUGGGACUCUGCGUGAACAGCAAGAGCAAGAGCGGCGAAACUGCAAAUAAACCCCAGAACAAUGCCCCAGAGCAACCCCUCCCUGUCAAUUGUGUUUCUGAGCUGCGGAAGAGGAGCCCAUCCAUUGUAACCUCCAACCAGGGAAGAGUGCUACAAAAAGCCAAGGAAUGGGAAAUGAAGAAGACCUAGAAAGAGGAUGAGGAUUUCAUCCAAAGGAGAUAACACCUUGUCCAUCCAAGGCAGAAAUGCUUUUUUCACAAGGAGACAUCAGAAGACUGGAAGUAGCCCACACUCUCUGGGGCACCCAAAAGACCAGCCUUUAUUGUCUGCAUGA